UCGCGUAGAGUGUGCGUGCGUGCGUGCGUGUUUGCGUGUGGUCACAGUUCCCGCCAUCAGCUGCUUUCCCUGUUUAGGGGAGUGAGCAAGCUUGUUCCUUGCUCCGAGUCCCUAGUUUUUUACCUUCGGCCCCUCCCCCUCCUUGCGGAUUCUGUUGCUUCCAGCAGGACUGUCAGGGGCUCCGUACCCUCAGGCACAGCUGAGUUGAUGGCUCCUGGAGAACUGACCUAGCCUGCAGAAUAUGAGUAGUUUCCCAAGAAGAGUGCAUUGCCUUUGGCACAAGGAUCAGAAUAAAGGUGAAUUGUUAUCACAUAGGGUUUUUCAGUAAAAGUCACUGAAAAAACCGGUCAGGUGAAGGUGUAUUUUUUGGUUUUUUAAAUUUGGGUAGAAGCAGUUUAUUUUUAAAGAAAAUAUGUCUCCUCUGAAGAUACAUGGACCUAUCAGAAUUCGAAGUAUGCAGACUGGAAUCACAAAGUGGAAAGAAGGAUCCUUUGAAAUUGUGGAAAAAGAGAACAAAGUCAGCCUAGUGGUUCACUACAAUACUGGAGGAAUUCCAAGGACAUUUCAGCUAAGUCAUAACAUUAAAAAUGUGGUACUUCGACCCAGUGGAGUAAAGCAAAGUCGCCUAAUGUUAACGCUACAAGAUAAUAGCUUCUUGUCUAUUGAUAAAGUACCAAGUAAGGAUGCAGAAGAAAUGAGGUUGUUUCUAGAUGCAGUUCAUCAAAACAGACUUCAUACAGCCAUGAAGCCUUCCCAAGGUUCUGGUAGUUUUGGAGCCAUUCUGGGUAACAGGCCCUCACAGAAGGAAACCAACAGGCAGCUUUCUUACUCAGAUAAUCAGGUCUCUUCAAAAAGAGGAAGUUUGGAAACUAAAGAUGAUACUCCAUUUCGAAAAGUUCUUGGUAAUCCAGGUAGAGGAUCCAUUAAGACUGUAGCAGGAAGUGGAAUAACUGUCACCCGGACAAUUCCUUCUUUGACAGCUACAUCAACACCUCUUAGAUCAGGGUUACUAGAAAACCGCACUGAAAAGAGGAAAAGAAUGCUGUCAUCUGGCUCAGAGCUGAAUGAAGAUUACCCUAAGGAAAAUGACUCAUCAUCGAACAACAAAGUUAUGACAGAUCCCUCAAGAAAGUAUUUAAUCAGCAGUAGAGAAAAGCAGUUGAGUUUGAAACAGUCUGAAGAAAAUCGGACAUCAGGGAUGGAACUCAAGACUUGCGCUUGGCCAGGGCUUUUACCUUUGCAGUCAUCAUCAUUUUAUGGAAGCAGAGCUGGAUCCAAGGAUUAUUCAUCUAGUGUCAAUAACCUAGAUAGGACUAAUGUUUCAAGCCAAACACCCUCUGCCAAAAGAAGUUUGGGAUUUCUUCCUCAGCCAGUUCCUCUUUCUGUUAAAAAACUUCGAUGUAACCAGGAUUAUACUGGCUGGAACAAACCAAGAGUGCCCCUUUCUUCUCAUCAACAGCAGCAACUACAAGGGUUCUCCAAUUUGGGAAAUACGUGCUAUAUGAAUGCUAUUUUACAAUCUCUGUUUUCACUCCAGUCGUUUGCAAAUGACUUACUUAAACAAGGUAUCCCCUGGAAGAAAAUUCCACUCAAUGCACUUAUCAGGCGUUUUGCACACUUGCUUGUUAAAAAAGAUAUCUGUAAUUCAGAGACCAAAAAAGAUUUACUCAAGAAGGUUAAAAAUGCCAUUUCAGCUACAGCAGAGAGAUUCUCUGGUUAUAUGCAGAAUGAUGCUCAUGAAUUUUUAAGUCAGUGUUUAGACCAGCUAAAAGAGGAUAUGGAAAAAUUAAAUAAAACUUGGAAGACUGAACCUACUCCUGGAGAAGAAAAUUCACCAGAUAUUUCAGCUACUAGAGUAUACACUUGCCCUGUUAUUACUAAUUUGGAGUUUGAAGUUCAGCACUCCAUUAUUUGUAAAGCAUGUGGAGAGACUAUCCCCAAAAGAGAACAGUUUAAUGACCUCUCCAUCGACCUUCCUCGUAGGAAAAAGCCACUCCCUCCACGCUCAAUUCAAGAUUCUCUUGAUCUUUUCUUUAGGGCAGAAGAACUUGAGUAUUCUUGUGAAAAAUGUGGUGGAAAGUGUGCUCUUGUCAGACACAAAUUCAACAGGCUUCCCAGGGUCCUCAUUCUUCAUUUAAAACGAUACAGCUUCAAUGUGACUCUCUCACUUAACAAUAAGAUUGGGCAGCAAGUCAUCAUUCCAAGAUACCUGACCCUGUCAUCUCAUUGCACUGAAAAUACAAAACCACCUUUCACUCUUGGCUGGACUGCACAUGCAACAAUUUCUAGACCAUUGAAAGCCUCUCAAAUGGUGAAUUCCUGCAUCACCAGCCCUUCUACACCUUCAAAGAAAUUCACCUUCAAAUCGAAGAGCUCCUUAUCUUUGUGUAUUGAUUCAGAUAGUGAGGAUGAGCUAAAACGCUCUGUGGCUGUUAGCCAGCGACUUUGUGAAAUGUCCAGCAGUGAACAGCAACAGGAAGACCUGGAGAAAGAUUCAAAAUUACGCAGAAUUGAGCCUGAUAAGUCUGAAUUGGAAAACUCGGGAUUUGACAGAAUGAAUGAAGAAGAGCUUCUAGCAGCUGUCUUAGAGAUCAGUAAGAGAGAAGCUUCCCCAACCCUCUGUCAUGAAGAUGAUAAACCAACCAGCAGCCCAGAUACAGGAUUUGCAGAUGAUGAUAUUCAAGAAAUGUCUGAAAAUUCAGACCCUGUGGAAGCUGAGAAGCCCAGAACAGUCACAGAGCCAGAUCCUGCCAGUUUUACUGAGAUAGCAAAAGACUGUGAUGAGAAUAAGGAAAACAAAACUCCAGAAGGAUCUCAGGGAGAGAUUGAUUGGCUCCAACAGUAUGAUAUGGAGCCUGAAAGGGAAGAACAAGAGCUUCAGCAAGCAUUGGCCCAGAGCCUGCAGGAGCAAGAAGCCUGGGAACAGAAAGAAGAUGAUGACCUCAAAAGAGCUACAGAAUUGAGUCUUCAAGAGUUUAACAACUCUUUUCUGGAUGCGUUGGGCUCAGAUGAAGAUUCUGGAAAUGAGGACAUUUUUGAUAUGGAAUACACAGAAGCUGAAGCUGAGGAACUGAAAAGAAAUGCAGAGACAGGAACUCUCCCUCAUUCCUAUCGGCUCAUCAGUGUGGUCAGUCACAUUGGCAGCACCUCUUCUUCAGGUCACUACAUUAGUGAUGUGUAUGACAUUAAGAAGCAGGCGUGGUUUACUUACAAUGAUCUGGAAGUAUCUAAAAUCCAAGAGACUGUGGUGCAGACUGACCGAGAUCGGAGUGGUUACAUCUUCUUUUAUAUGCACAAGGAGAUCUUUGAUGAGCUGCUAGAAACAGAAAAGAACUCUCAGGCACUCAGCAUGGAAACAGGGAAGACUGCCCAACCGACCUCGUGAGGAAGUCUGGGUUGGCAGUGCGCACUGCAUUUUCUCUCUCACUGCCACUGAUGUCAUCUUUCCUCUGACCAGGGGAAUCUGGAAUUCUACCUGAUGCGGGAGCAACAAACAAACAGCUCAGGGCCAAACCAAAAGACAAAAUUUGCAGUUAUGUGGAAUACUCCAUGCUACUUUAUGGACACCUUGGUCUCAUCUGUAGCUGAUGAUCCUCUUUUUCCCCUACAAGAGUGGUACUUUGUUUUGUCUUAGGAGUACAUGUUGUAAAUAUAUAUAUAUAUAUAUAUAUAUAUAUAUAUAUAUAUAUAUAUGUACAGAUACAUGCAGGGUGAAUGGAGCCUUAAUGAGUUCAGGGGAACUACAGGAAUAUGCCUGCACAAAAGUAACUGCAAGCCAGGUAUGGCAUUGCACGACUGUAAUCCCAGCACUCAGGAGGCUGAGGUAGGAGGAUUGCUGUGAUUUUGAGGCCAGCCUGGGCUACAUAGUGAGUUCAAGGCCAGCCCGAACUACAUAGCGAGACCCUGUCUUCAAGAAAACCAAAAAAGAAAAAUCCAACAGCAAGGAAGUUUGGAGAAGAAAUAAAAGUGUCAGAGAGUCCACCUAAAAAAUAUGUGAAAAUACAGAAAUCAGUUAGCUAUUUGUUUUUAUGUUCCUUGAAUAGCUUCAUUUAAAUCUGUCCUUUGUGUUUCUUACGAGUACAAUUCACUGGAAAGCCAGCCCUCUGUGUUACACUAAUGACAAUUUGUCCUCCUUGCAAGAGGCAUUUCUGUUGAAUGACGAGCUUUUAAGUUUCACAAAUCUGUCGUGCCUGUACUGUUUACAUGCGGUUCCCAUGUAAUGAAGCGUUGGUGCUUUGGAAUGUGUUACAGUCAUAUUUUCGGUAUUCAUUGUACACCUCACGUUUUUCUCUGAAGAGAUUCUUUCAUACACUUUGUUUAUCCUGUUCAUCUAUAUUGUUGUGAUGGUGAAGUUAGAACCUUUUCUUUUCUUCUGGAUCAUUCUGUACCAUGGAGUAGGCAUGACCCUACCCUGUAGGAUGUUUAGGGAGAAGGAGAAACACUGGUGUCUCUGCCUCGGCAGAGCUAGUGGUCAGGAGAUGUCUACUGUAUUACAGCUCCAGCCCUGGACCACUAAAGCCAGAAUCCUGCCGCACAUGUGAGAUGAAGGACAUGAGCUGUCGGGAAAACCUGGAGCAUAAUUAUUUACUGUACAGAUAUACCCUUAAAACAGGGCAAGAAUUAAAAUGUGACUGGUUGAGUAAUCCCACGAACUAACAGAUACAAAGGUGCACAAUAUUGUCUUUCUUGGUGCUGUGAGGCGAGGCUGAGUGGGGAUGCAGGAUCCAGUGCUGUCUUAACCCCCAGCUGAAAGGCCCAGGGAAGGGUGGGUGUGAGGGCGGAGUUCUGGGCUCAGGGUCGCACAGAGUUAUAUUUAGCAGGAUGAAAGUUUCAUUUUCUUUUAUUAUAGACAAGAAAAUUAUUCUACAGUUCUGAGGUAGGGACAAGACAUCAGGUUUUUAGAGGGAGAAAACGUGUUAAGACUCAUCACGAAGAUGCGGCAUGUUUCCUGACAGGCUGCCUUCAGAGCACCAGCACCCCCUUUGGAAGCUUGGUUGCGUCCUGACAAGGUCACCUCAAGUUUUGGGGUUUUGGGUGGUAAAUGGCCUCAGCACUUUCGCUUAACUACUGAUAAACACUUUGUCUUCUGCCAUCCACCAGCACACAUGACCAUAGUGAGUGUCCAGAAUGAUACAGUGGUAGUUAUGCAGAGUAGUUUAAAGCAGAGGAAAAUAAUUGUUUUUUUUUUUUAAGUUUUUAAAAUUUUUGUUAUCUACCAGGAGGUUUGUCUUCAAAUAACAGUUUUUCUCGUAAAUAAGUGAAGUAGUGAUUAAAUUCUUUAGUUACUCUGUUCCCUCUCUGCAUUUGAGAGCUCUGAGCUGUUAAAAAUGAUAGGGAACAAUGUGAAGUGAGGUUUGCAUUGAGACAGAGAGAAAAGCAGAGUAACACGGUAAGGUGACGCGGCCUCCCAAGCAGCUCGGUGCAGUUGCUCACAUGCGUGGAUAGAGUGGAAGGACACUUGGCACAGAAGUCUGAUUUGGUUUGACCUUUAUGUCCUGGGCAGGACUUGUUGAAAAUAGGUUACUAAAAUAUAUGAGUUACCUCAGUGCUCCUCCUUGCAAAUUUGGGACUUGAAUUUUAUUCUCUGUCCUUCGUUGUGGCCUUGUGAAUCUUCCCUUCCCUUCUUCCUUCCUUCCUUUAACUUACUCUACUGUAAAUGGAGGUUUCAGCUAGACUAUAUUGAUAGGGGUUGGGUUUGGGGGUUUUCUUUUUUGAGCUGACUGUAUAUAUUUUUAAAUUAUAAAUAGAUAAUAUAUAUAUAUAUUUUUUGCACCAGUGUGAUCAGUUUGCCGUAUUUGGGGCUUGGGUCAGUUAGCAGGUUGGGGCCAGGAGGGGCCAAGUUAGAUGGGAACCGAGUGGUUUUACAGUUCCAGGAAGUCUGCACAAUAAUGAACCUGUUGAACAUACCAAAUAUGUGGUACAUUACUUCAAAUGACUUUGAAUUGGAAUGUGUUAGCAAUUAGUUUUGGACACAACCUUUUGAUCUUAGUUGAAGUUUUUGGAAGAAAAAAAUAAAUUAAUAAACUCAAGCUUGUUGAUUUCUGUUCCCUAAUAUUAUGGAAUCAGAAAGUCUCAUGUAGACAGAUGUUGCUGUUUUAAGAGCCAAGACUGUAGGCCUGCGAGAAGAUAACUUCUGUAGAAAUAUAUUUAUAUGUAUGUGCGCACUCACAGGUUUUAUCUCAGCAGAAUAAAAUGAGCAAAUCCAUGAGUUGAUCUUCUAUUUGUAUUUUUGAUUCCAAAGCUGUUUACUUGCUGUGCUCUGUUAAUUCAGAGCCUAACUUAAAUAGCUCAGCAGCAAAUAUAACAAAUGUAAAUGUGUUUACAUUUUAGAAAAUACGCAGUUAUACUACAAAUCAGUUCAUUAAUUCCAAGUGCACAUAUUAAACACAUCUUUUUCUGUUUGAUCAAGUACAAAAUCAUCUGAGAAGCUUUAUGAUUUAGAACAUCUACAGAAACAAAAAAUCUAAGUUUAUUCUCCCAUAUUGCAGUUAAAGAGGCAAAGAAAAACUGAUCUGUGAUCUGAAGAGGGUAUAUUGAAACAAAUAACGUUACCCUCCCUCUUCUCAGUCCUCUGAAAAUGUUUACCUUGGUUUCCCAGCCUUUCUUCCUGUUUGAUUUCAUUGACUAUGGAGGUGGAUUUUUGCUUUAAAUCUGGGGAACACGUGGAUGUCUCCUAAAUGUCCUGAUAAGGCGGUGGUGAACUUUUCCUCCCCAUCUUGCUACAUCUGGUAACUGUCUCUUGCAAGUAUGUACAGAAACUAAUAGAUCUCUGCCCUGUAUCUUUCUGAUGCAUUACUUCAAGAUUCUUUUGUCCCUAUUGAUACAUCUUAGUAACAUCUGGAAAAAUAUAGUUUAUUGGAAAACUAUAGUUUGUUAAGCUUUGAGAGUUCUGUGGCAGAAUUACUUUCUGUGUUUCACCACAAUCAUGGAUUUCUUUAUGGCAUGCUUUGACCACUAGACUUAAGGCAGUCUCUUAUACACAACUAGUAAAUUGUUUCAUUUCCAUGUAUGUGAUGUGUGUGAGGUUUUGAAGUUUUAAGUAGAGUGUGCCUGUAUGAAUAGGCAUUUAGUGGCCAGGCGUAGUGGCACACACCUGGGAGGCUGAGGCAGGAGGCUUGCUAUGAGUUCAAGGCCAACCUGCACUACAGACUAGAAUGAACUACAUAGCAAGACAUUGUCUCCAAAAAAAGGUGUUUGAUUUUAGUGACAUUGAACUAAGCAUAGGAGUUAAAAGUAUAGGUGUGCCCACUGGCAUAAGAAGUUAAGGUCAUGGGGUCCCAUGCCAGAACAAAGAAGAGCAGUCAGCUAAAGUGGUCUGUUUCAGAAACAGCUCAAAGCUCAUGCGUGGCUGUGCAAACCUGUCCUCAGAGUCCCCUCCCUCUGAGGGCCUCCUCCCACUUCGGCUUUCCUGGCUCUGCAUUGGUUUCUGUCCACCUCCUUGGGAGAGAAAAGCAGAAAGUGAGGUUCCUGUGCUUGCCCUCAGUUACUCCCUGGGUGGUUAGCAGCCUUGGCCACAGCAUUUGUAAGGUGUGUUUAUUUUGUUUCAUUUUUUUUUCUUUGUGUUUAUAGUGACUUUAUCCUGAUUUUUUGCUGUUAUUUUAUAUGGAGCAGCACUUUUAUCUGUGUUUUAGCAGAACUGUUCCUCUGGAUCCUUCAUGGUUUUUCUUUUUGUCCUUUUUAAAUUAUACAGAGGUUUUUUUGGUGUGAAAUUAAAGCCUUUAUUAACCUGCCA